AUGGAUCAACAGAAGCCCCCGGAAUUCAUACUCGACGUCUUCUCGGAUCCUCGGUCUGUCCGCGAAGUCGUCAAAGGCAUCCUCCACACAAUCUUCUUCAACCGCUUCUUCCCCUCCCUGGCACCCCGGACGCACGAGGUUCUCGACGUCACCCUGCCCUACGUCAACGACGAUGAGCUCGAGACGCUCAUCGAGCAGCGCGCCUACGCCCUCGAGCGCCAGCUCGACGCCGAACGACUCGGGGGCAGGGGCCAGAUCACCGUCCAGUUCUUCGAGCGGAAACGGCGCAAGGCGUGGCUCACGCGCGGCGAGGAGGAGGUCUGCUGGGAGACGUGGACGAUUAAAGUGACUGUCGCCGAGCCGAGGACGGAGAACGAACGAGCCAAAGUCCGCAGAGCAAUGGAGCAGACGCUCUUCGCAACCGCCAUGAAAAUCGUCACCUUCGUCAACACCCACAAGGACCACAUCCCGCCCAUCACCACGCAGGGCGGCAACCCCUUCCCCUACAAGAUCAACCUCGAGUCCAAGGAAACCAGCUGGGUGUCCCGCAUACGCAUGUACUAG